UUUCCUUAUUGGCGAGUUCCUUGUUAGCAAUGGCGUCUCUCUCUGUCAAAUCAACACUAGUUCAUCUUCAGCUUCCUCUACUCAUCUUCUUGACGGCGUCGUUUUGCAUGGUUGAGGAGGUUCGCGCUACACAAGGACAGAGAGAAUUCGAUUAUUUCAAAUUGGCUCUGCAAUGGCCUGGCACUUACUGCCAGAGCACUCGCCAAUGCUGCUCCUCAAAUGCUUGCUGCCGAGGUUCAAAUGCUCCAACUGAAUUUACAAUCCAUGGGCUGUGGCCUGACUAUAAUGAUGGAACCUGGCCUGCCUGUUGUAGGCGAUCGGAUUUUGAUGAAAAAGAGAUCUCAACUUUGCUUGAUGGUCUACAAAAGUAUUGGCCAACUUUAAGUUGUGGUUCAUCAUCAACUUGUCAUGGUACAAAAGGAUCAUUUUGGGCACAUGAGUGGGAGAAGCAUGGGACUUGCUCCUCUCCGGUUGUCCAUGAUGAAUACAGUUAUUUUGUAACAGUUCUUAAUUUAUUCUUUAAGUAUAAUGUCACGAAAGUGCUGAAUGAAGCAGGAUAUAUUCCUUCAAAUACUGAAAAAUAUCCACUUGGAGGUAUUGUCUCUGCCAUUGAGAAUGCUUUCCACACUACCCCAUCACUGGUUUGUUCAAGAGGCGCAGUCAAGGAACUUUAUUUGUGCUUCUAUAAGGAUUUCAAGCCUCGGGACUGUGUGGUUGGCUCUAUAAUGAAAGACAUAUAUUCCUCAAGAAGCUCAUGUCCAAAGUAUGUUAGCCUGCCUUUAUAUUUUUCAUCAGGCCUGGGUGCUGUAAAAACUGCAAUCCCAUGGAUGCCUGAUAAUGAAGCUCUGUGAGAUGUUGGCACAUGUGUACACUUGUGAUACAUUCUGUCAUUUAUGGGCUUCUUGCCAAAGCAAGGGGAAAAAAUUUCCAAAACUUAUUACAUGCCGAAUUUUUUUCCAAAUCAUGAUGGGAUUUAUUUGUCCACGGUGAAUAGUUCAAUUACUUUAUCGAUACUCUUGGUGUUAGCAAGACUAUUGGCAUGUAAAGUAAAUAAAUAAAUAGAACUCCUUGUUAUCUGGACGAUGUCUUUGUCUGGAAAACUUCUUUUUAGAGUAUAAGGACGUUUACA